UCAGCAUGGGCAGUCUCCGGCCAAGGUCCUUAUUCACCGUACUAGCAGCAAUACUGACUCUCCUCCUUCUAAGCAACUCUUUGGCGACCUUCACUUCAAUUCCAUAUGGUGAUGAAGGGGUGACAUGGUGGUCUUCUCGCUGUGUAGAUAGUCCCAGAAAGUUAUUGCCGGUUCCAGGCAACAAAGGUGAAGUUGCAUGUAAAAGUCAUGAUAAUGUCUCCGGCAUCAAAGAAGACCGGUUCCAAAUCCUAAGGCAGAGCUUGUCUCCGCCACCACCGCCCAGACCACGUCCACCAGUGCAUCAAGAAAACCCACGAAAUCGUGGAAGGAAGGAAACUACUCCGCCUCCACCCCCCAAGACAUCCUAAGAUUUGUAGAUUUCGCAAGUGUACGUAUUGAUUCUACGUACGAUCUGGCCUCUCCAAUAUUGGAUGAUAUGUCAUUUGCUUUUACUAUUUACUCCAUAUUUUG